AUGGAACAAAAUUUAAAUAAUAGUAUAGAAAAUCAUAAUGAUCAUGGUGAUGGUAGUACUAAUGGUGCUACUAAUAUUAAUGGUAAUCAUAAUGAUGCUAUUAAUCGUAAUAAUAAUGAUAAUCAUAGUAAUUGUGUUAAUCUUAAUGAUAUUGCUAAUCAUAAUGAUAGUUUAAAUCCUAAUAAUAAUGAAACUAAUAAUCAUUCUCUUAUUCAUAAUAUUAAUGCUAAUAUAUCUGGUAAUAUAAAUAAUAGUAUUAAUCUAAAUAAUAAUAGUAAUACAAAUAACAUAAUUAAUCAAGAUCAAAAUGAAGAAACAGAAGAAGAUAUUGUUGAAAUCGUCAAUAUACAAAAUAAUAAUGAACCAAAUUUAUUAAAAAUCAAUCAAAUUAAUAUUGAUAUCGAUUUUCCCGGUUUAUCUAUUCGUACUGUUGAUCCUGCUUAUAAAAAAUUACCACACGAUUACCAAUUGAUUACAACUGAAACCAGUAAAGCAAAAAAAAUUUCAGGAACAAUAAUCAAUAAAUAUCUAAAAUUAAAGCAUGUCAAAGUUGAUUGGUUUAAUGGUUCACGUACACUCAUUUCUAUGCCAAAUACACGUGUCGCUAUUGUUUAA